AUGAGGACGUCCGACCGGUGUGAGUUCUGCGGCCCGGGUUCGUCUUGUGUGGUUCUGCCGGAGAAAGGUGGUCGCAAUAGAAGUGUUGCGACUCCCGUUGCCGUGCCCGAACAGGGGAGUGUCGGUGCAUUUACCAGGGUGUAUGCCGGCAACCUUUGGAAGCAACGUUCACCGUGUCUGCCCGUCAGUUCCUGGAACAUCCCAGACAUCAAGGAAUACGGGGCCGGCUGGCUUUGGUUAGAUCUCCCGAAUCAAGCACGGCGAAUAGUUACCAAAGCCGCAUCGACUAAUUCAGAUGAGUCUCCCGGCGCUAAGGUACACGUGGUUGCAAUGUUCCCCUUGCGGACACCCAGUCUAUUCGGUGCCUCUUCCACGGCACACAACUUUCAAGUAGCAAUCCUCGGGUAUGGAGGCUUCAGAGACAUGUCUUUUCCGCAUAAUGACUGGACCUCCGUGGCCGAAAGCCAACGUGGCUUCACCAACAAUGCCCAUAGCACCACUAACCGACAACCUCAGCAACCUCCUGGACUACGAAGUGAGAAGACGGGUUCAAAUAGCCAUCAUUUUUCACAGCCCUAUGGGCCACCUCCGACAGCCCCGAGGAGCGUAGAUGGUGAUAUCGAAUUUACGUCCUCGCAAAGCUCUACAGCACCACUCCUCUCUGCUCAUCCGUCCUCAGCAAACAUAGACAGUCGGUUACUCCCAACAAGCGCACUCAACACGACAGAUUUCUUUCCACCGCCAUAUCACAACAAUCUCCAGCGAUCAGUUCACUCGUCUGAACUACCUUUUGAUACGAACAGACCGCAGCACCCAGUCGUGAUCCCCACGAAGGAACCACCAAGCUGUCAGAAGAAAACUCAGGCGCAGUUGUCCGGCCAAUCUCUCAGGGGCCUUGGGGCCAGUGGCUCAUCCAACAUCCCCAAUCUUCUAAGUCCAGACAGGGUAGACGUUGUAAACAGCAUCAUGUUCAGGCUCAGCAUGCGACAGCAACCACAAGCCGCAAGGGCUUGUGGAUUCGGCGACAGGGACAGGCGAGUCAUUGAUCCGCCACCAAUUGUCCAACUGUAUGUCGACGGCCCUUCCCUAUCUAAAGAUGAAGCAAAAUCUUAUCUACGAUAUGAAAGCUACGUUAUGAAUUGCUCAAUAUGUGAUGAGUCGGGCACACAAGACGCAUCAUUCAUGCCUGAAGAAUAUCAGCAUCAAAGGCGACUCAUGGGAUCACUUGUCGGAACCCCUUUUGUAGGAAUGGACGAUCACGGCGAGGAGGGCUGCUUCUUCUGUUUUUCAGAUCUAUCAUGUCGAACUCCCGGGGCAUUCCGUCUAAAAUUUACGCUUAUUAUGAUAGACCCGGCCCGCGCCGGAGUGAUUCGACACUUCCCCAUCCUCACCGAAAUCGUGAGCGACAUAUUCCACGUAUACAGUGCCAAGGAGUUUCCAGGCAUGUUGCCGAGUAGCAGCUUAGCAAAGCGGCUGAAAGAGCAAGGAUGUAUGAUUUCCAUAAAGAAGGGCAACGAUCGUACCAAGAACGCUAGAGGACAAGAUGGAUUAUCUGAUGAUGAUGACGAAGCAGGAGCAGGUUCUCAAGGACAACCGAAGCGGCGUACUGUUCGGGACUAG